AGCUGUGAUAAUCAGCUGCUUCCUCAUAAUGAGACAGCGGACGUCUGUCAGCAUCAGGAACUGAACCGUGAGCGUCAGCGGGGUGUGUUGAAAACCUGGUCGCGUUUGGAUGGACCUCGCUGUCGGGCUUCUGAUCAACCUUGAUUAAGACCAUUAGAUUUGAUUUGUCAAAAUACCCAGAGGAAAUCAAUCCAGGGAGUCAGGGAGCACGAGGUUUGGAGAUGGACGACGACAGUGUCACUUCCAGGGCGGAGAGGACUUUCUGGACAGUUUGGAACUAUAUAACUGGAGCUGUCAGCAGAUUCUUCAGACCAGAGCCCAAUAACAUCUUUACAAGUGAUCCAAACUCCAUCCAGGAAUCCACAGUUGACAGUGAGCCUGCAAACUGUGGAAAGGCAGAGGGCGACACUAGCAGGGGGGAAGUCGAUGAGGAACAGCCUCUUGCGACAGUCCCUGUGCUUAGCUCACCUCGGCCAGUUGUUGCCUGGGACCUAUGCACCGCCGACGUCGAUUUAGGGCCUGAUGAAGAAAACAGUGAGAGCAGCGCAUUUGACGAACGUGAGGACACGAAAGAGGAGCAGUUCACCCAGACAGUAAACAGAGAUGCAGGGCUGCUCCUCACUCAUCAGACGCAGGAGAAUGAUGAGUAUGAAGAACACGUUAACACCAGGUCACUGGGACUUAGAGGUGAUGCAAUGAGUGAAGAUGUGGAGGAAAGCAAGGGAAAAGAUGGUGCUGAGGAGGAGACUGAGAGGGCAGUGACGCUGGAUGAUCUGCAAAAUAAGCAUGAAAUACUGAAAAAGAUCCAAGUAAAGGAAAAUGAAGAAAUGCACCAUGAAGAUGAUCAAAAUUUGGAGGCAGAAGACGUUGAGGCACAAUUGUGCAUUACCACAGAUUUGAGUCUGAGAGAGGAGGAAAACAAACACAUAGAAGAGGUGAGGGUGCAGAGGGACGAGGCGGAUGCUGCUGUGAUGCACGAGGAAAUGGAGGACAGUGAUGUUGCAUCGCUGCUGGCCUCUGAAAAUGAAAAAAAGUCAGAUGAGGGAGCAAGGCAAGUUGAGAAUUUGCUCUCAGAUGACAACAGAGAUAUCAAGGGAGACCCAAGUUUUACUUCACCUGACGAUGAACCACAAAUAGCCUACGACAAGAGUGGCAUCGUGUCUGAGGGUGAGCCUAUUGUUGUUGGACAAGAGCAUGUGAUGAUGGCUCAUACAUGUGAAAGUGAUCAAGUUGAGGAUGCGACAGAGAAAGAGGAUGAGAGGGACCAAAUCAUUGAGGAGGAAAAUGCAAAUGAGGCUGCAAACAAUCAGACUAUGGAUGAAGUGCCGGACCAGGAAGACCACGUCAACUCAGAAGACGGUCAAGAGGAAGACAUUUCAACUGGACAUGUUACAUGCAGCGAAGCAGUGCAGAAUGCUAAAACAGAGCUGCACACAGUUGAAUUAACAGAUGGAGAGCAAGAGGAUGUGGCUCAGGACACUGAAGUGCAAAGAGAGGCAGAUGAUGUUCAGACAGAAAGCAAUGGCGAGGAGCUCAAUGGAAAAUCUGGCAUGACAACAACAGACAUUUGUGCAGAUGAGAGAUUUUUCGAUGAAUAUCAAGUAGAAGAGGAAAGACUUGUAGAUGACAAAGAAUGUUACAUGGGAGCAAUAUGUGCAAAAGCCUCAGUUACAGUAAAACCUGAAGGCGAGACUGGACAGGAAAUAAGCGGAGGGUUUAAAAAUACUCCCAUGGGGGUACGUGAAGGCCGGCCUGUUGUGUCGGAGGAGCUAAAUUCUCCAACAUGUGAGGAAACACAAGAGGGAGUUCCUGGAUACAACAAUGAGCCUGGGCCAGAUGAAAAUACAACACAAAGGUUCCUGGAAGUAGGAGAUUGCGAGGAAAUUCAGACCGCGCAAUUACCAGAAGAGGUGGAGAGCAGAGAGCCGGAGAGCCUUCAAAACAGUGGCCGUGGCGCUGGAGCUGGCUAUUUACUGGUGAGGGAGCCUAUGGAAGAGGAUCGAGAGAGCACAGGAGACAUUAGGAAUAGCUUUGAUUUGGCUGUGGAGGAGCACGCUGGAGUACUGUGCCUCACUGAUGCUGGAUUGCCACAAGAGACCGAGACACCACUUGUUCAACCAGCAAUUCAAGAGUCAGGACUUUUAUUUGAGGAAGUGGAAGGAAAAUUAUUGGCUGCCUCCAUGAAGACGGGGAUCGAACACUCAGGAAAGGAUUUUGAGAUGCACGUUGGCCUAACUGGUGAGACUUACAGGACAACAAAUGAGCUGCAAGCUGGGGCCGAAGAGCUUUUGGUUGACUCUGAGAUAGACGAGGGGUUAUGUGAUUUCAAAGCAGCUGAUGCUGCUGGAGAUGAGCAUGAGAUGACAGGAACUGUAGCACAGCAGGAAGAUGAAACUUUAAAAUUCCUUGAGGCUGAAGUGCAGAAGAUGACAGAGAUGAGCUUCUUUCAGGAGUCCGGAGACAACAUAAAGUCGGAGCAAAAGAGCUACAAGACAUCUAGUUCACCAGAAGACUUAACUGAAUCUGGAUUCAUGAAACAGUCAGAUGGGACUGAACCUGAAUUACUUGACGAUAGUACCGCAGAAAUGCAAGAUGCAGGGAUAGACAUGGAGGAAACAGGUUAUGGAGUUGAGGAAGAUGAAGCGCAGAACAAAAAUGAGAUGGAAGUUUUAAAUCUGCAGAUAGCGGGAACGGCAGCUGAGCUCAUCACGGGAAGGGACGAAAAAGAAAACGAUUUGAUUGCAGAAUCUGAGUCACUAGAGACACAAAUUCAACUAUCAGAAGAAGCCCUUGAGAUAAGCAGCGAGGAGACUGAAACAGCUGAUGAAUCAAUCGCCUGUGAGUCCAAGCCAAAAGAUCUGGCUGUGAUAUCAGCAGAAGAAAUGGCAAAGCAUGUGAAAGAAUCAGAGGGGAGCUGUGACACUAUAGAAACAACAAGCCUGAUCAGUGGACGUCAAGAUGUGAUUGACGAAGAAAUCCUCGACUUGUGGAUACAGACGGCCAUGUCAGAGGACACAGGUGGCACAAAACGGCAAGAAGUUCCCGAGCCUGGGCAACAAGUGGACACAGAAAUCGAGCCAUCAAAUGAGGUACAAGUCAAAAUCUCCUCAGAGCAGGCAGAGAAGGUUAAAAAGCAGCUUGUGGAGUCAAAAUCACCGGAAUCUGAAUCAGUGAGUGACAUCGAAAUGUCUUCGUCAACAGCAGAGUCUGGAUUUUUGGACCAGUCUCUGGGUGAGUGGGGCACACAGAGCAGUGGGACUCAGCUUCUGAAAUCAACCAGCGAUGGGUCAUUUCAAGGUAUGUACGACAUAUUGGCUAAUAUGUCAGAAUCAGCAGACAUCUCUGGACUGUCUACACAACAGCCUAACUCUGAAUGUGAGGACAUAUUGAUGGAGGAAACAGCUGAGAGAGGACAGUUGUAUCCGAAAGAGGAGGAAUCAGCCACCGAGACAGAAAUUCACUCUGAUUCGGGAGCUACAUCAUCAGAGGCUGCGCAUCUACAUCAGGAACUGGAUAAAUCACGAGGAAAAACAGACGAAGAAGCUGGAUCGCAGAAAGAGAUUGACGCUGAGGUAACAGACCUAGCAAGGACAACUGACGCUGAGGAGGCAGAUGUUGAGUCGCUGACAGAAGCGGGAGCUCUUUUCGAAGUUGAGGAAACAAAAGUCGGAGAUGAGCCUCUCAAGAUAACUUCGUCUGUUGAACACACUGGCUCAGGGCGACCUAGAAGUGGCCCAGAGGCUCCGUUAGAGGAGAGGAUCAUGUCGACAGAAUCUGGAUCACAAGUCGACACCUGCGCUGGAUCCGAGAAGACGUUAUUAGUGUUGCCCUCACUGGACAAAGCACAACCCGGAUGGUCAGAAGAUAUUAUUGAUUCCUUUCCUGAACUAAUCUGGGCUGAGAUGACAGAACAGCCGAGGACAGAGUCUGCAGAUCAGAUGGAGGUGGAUGCGUCUGUGCUGGACUUCACUGCGCAAAGGUCAAGAAUUGCUGUUAAAAACCCUCGUGUGAGGCCACCCAAAGAUCCCCGCUCCCUGCUCCAUAUGCCCUCAGUGGAACCUACACCCUCCUCACAUCUGCCAGUCAAAGUCCCUGCAGGCGUGCCUCUGGGAGGCUUGGGCAUUGGAAUAAAACUGCCUGGGCUUGGCGCAGGUUUUCCCGUUUUAAAAAAGACACAACGGGUGGUGAGGGAUGAAAAUAGCCAGCAAACCCUCUCGCAGGAUCCUGAGACAAAGCCAGAGGAGAAGAGUGACACCCCAAAACAAGAUGAGCCCCAACACAAACCUAAAUGGAUGCCACCAAGACAUCCAGGAUUUGGAAGUCCACUUAUGUCUGAGCUGAAGACCAAACUGAAGAAAACCACAAAAGAGUGAGAAAAGGAUGAAUUGUAACGCUUUGUGUGAAUAUCUGAACAGAAUAUACAAAUGGCUUUAUUUUUGGUGUAUUUAUCAAACUGAAUACAGUGAUGAAAUGUUCAUCAUGUCAGUUACUUGUCAUAUGUUUAACUUUUUGUAAAUAAAGCUUAACUGUAA